GCGGCGCGGCGCCAUGGACGCCCACCCGGAGUUUCAGCGCUGCCGCGGGACCCCCAUCCCACUACCCUCCGCCCUCUUCCGCCGCCGCCGCCUCCGCCUCCUCCUCCUCCGCGGAGACCCCCGCCCACUCCACACACUCUCCCAUCAUGCAGCGGGGAACCGCUGCUGUCGAUACGUCACUUCCGGGCGCAGGUGGCUAGGUCGGGGCCGGGCGCUGGUGGGUGCCGGGGUGGGGGAGGACACUCCAGGGGAAUUAGUGUCACAGAAUUCUUACUUCUGCGCAGGCGCCGUCGUGUGGAACGACGUUCGCCAUUUUGGGUGCGGGCAAACUGUCUUUUUUCCGUACUCACAGAAGUGUGGGCUGGGGACGUCCUCCCUCCCCGCCCGACCCUGUGAGGCAGCGCUCCCUGCCACGGGGCUGCCGAGUUCCUCUCAGCCCAUUACUUUACCAUUGAGCUCGGAGCGGGUUAAGUUUCGCCUUGGAAUAAAACUGCAGACGUAUGGAAAUACGGAACCAGAUCUCUACUGAAAAACCGGCUGGACAACAUUCAGCAGCUCGUCCUUUUGCCCGGAAAAAAAAAGACUUUCAUUCCCUUCCUCUUUUUAUGUAAGCCAACAAAAGAGGAAGCUGUUAUUUAACAAACGAGAAGUGAUUGUCCUACUUAAGAAGACAAGUCAGCAGGCAAACUAACAAAUGGUCUUCGACAAAAUCAGUCCAGAAUUGUGUUGCUGUUUGGAGAAGAUAAUCGUUUUCUUGCAAAUCAACCUGUGCAUUUGAGCGAUUCUAUACAACAGAGGUCAUAAGAGAUUUUUGUUUCCAUCCGUUCCUGAGCAGUUGGGUGUUUUGGUUUUAUAACCUUUCCCCGUCCUUUAUUAUGACUCUGUUAGAACCCAUUUCACUGUAAAACUCAGACUACAAGGCUGCAGGCUUAUUAUUCCUGUCUCAGAGGAUGAACCCUGGACUCUACCCUACAAACCAUGAGCCCUGCCGGGCCCUCUUUCUGCCCACGCUGAAUUAUUUAAAAUAGUUCCAAAACCGCAAAGCUCAGCAGUAACCCAAAGAAACAAGGACUGAAAACACCCGUCAUCACAGAGAACUGUCCACCCCUUUGGAGGAAUUAUACACGUCGGGAAAGAUAAGGACAAUAGCAAUUCAUCACGGUUUAUCCCGCCUCUGCAAUGUUCUAGACAAAUUAACUUGAAGAACUAAAAUAGACCCUCAUUUGUCUCCUCACAAUUCAGUCAUUGUAAGAUAAGGGAGACUGCAUUACUGCUUUGUGGUUAUGCUGAAUGUUUUGUUACUGCCCAGUCACUGAAGUGAGAAAAAUGUAUAUGGCUUGUCAAAUUUAUUCCUUUUGUAUUUCGCCCCCUGCUGGUGUAGCUCAUGUGCAAAAAAAAAAAA